AUGGCACGUUGUGAUUGGCUGGCGGCUUACCACUUUACGCGUGGGACCGACGCGGGAAGGCGCGCUAGCCCAGGAGGGACAGAUAGACAGCCAGCAACGCCACUGGACACCCAGAUGGCUGCCAUCUGGGGCAACGGCCGCCCAGGAGGAGGGGACCAAUUCCCCCUCGAACAAUGGUUUUUUGAGAUGCCAGUCUGCACGCGAUGGUGGACGACUGCCACUCUAGCCACCUCUGUCUUGGUUCAGUGCGGUGUCGUUUCCCCGUUCCAGCUCUUCUACAGCUUCCGCUCUGUGUUUGUCAAGUCCCAGUACUGGAGGCUCAUUACAACAUUCUUCUACUUCGGGCCUCUAAACCUAGACCUCCUUUUCCGCGUCUUCUUCCUCCAAAGAUACUCGCGCCUCAUAGAAGAAGCGGCCGGUACCACCCCAGCCAAUUUUUCCUGGCUGCUCCUAUACGCCACUUCCUUCCUCCUUGUUCUGUCCCCGCUGGUGUCGCUCCCAUUUCUAGGCUCAGCCCUCUCCGCAAGCCUAGUGUACAUAUGGAGCCGACGGAAUCCAGAGAUGAGACUCCACUUGCUAGGCCUACUGGCUAUUUCGGCGCCAUACCUUCCAUGGGUCCUGAUAGCAUUUAGCCUUGUCAUGCACGGGGUCAUUCCAAAGGACGAAAUCUGCGGCGUCAUUGUGGGCCACAUCUGGGUCCUGUACCCGGCGAUUACCACAUGGGAAUAUCGCCACCGCGUCAGAACUCACCAAAUAAGUUAUUCCACACCCAAUCAUCAUGGCAUUAGCACGGGAGGGAAGAUCAAGUUCGCUCAAUUCUAA